UGUGUUACAACCAAUGGGAGAAUAGAUUAAGGAUUGAUGUGCAGAUACGCGCUCGGUCAUAUUCAUAAAAAAAUUAACAUAGUAGAUUGAAUGGGCCUACUACAAACCCUUACGACGAACACCAUUUAAAUUUAUCGAUUCCGUAGGCGUACGGGAAUCCCAAAUGCAUCAAUGCGGUUUGUCUGUAAGUUAUUGUCGUUAUGAAUUUACUUUUUACGAUUUCGCAUACCGUUUCUAUGAUUAAUUUUCUGUCUGUAUACACGGUUAUUUGAGUGAUAACCAACUGAUUGGGUCGUAAUUCUGGACCAGGGUGAUAUAUACUUCAAUCUUUCACCUCAUUUUUAGUCAUUUGUGCAGAAGCUUCAAUAAACAUCACCAAAUAUAUUCGUUUCAGUCUAUAUUUCAAUUCACUGAGAAAUGUUUGGAGUAUACUUUAUGGUCUCAAAAUGAAAUAUCGCAGCAUGUAAACAUUUGGUUACUAUUAAGAAUAUAAAAUCCAGGUACACUACAAUGACACUAAAGAACAUGUAUUGCAAGCACACCUUAAGGACUUGUUCAAACAGCCAGUUAGUAAUAGACUAAUUAGGACUUGCCACUAUUGUGUAUCAGUUUGAUUUGCUACAAAGUAGAUUAAAUUUUAUGCAAGUUCAAACUUUUACAUUAUUAAUUGUAUGGGACUGAACUGAUAGACCCUAAUUGAUAUGGGAAUUUCUUGUACAUACUUGUUGUUGCAUCAUAUCUAGGAUUCGAUGGUAGCUUGUAAAGAACUUGUAGACAUACGUUCGAUCCCCUUUGGGGAUAGUCGACUGAAAUCAAGUCAUUUUAGAAAAAUAGAUUUAAUUCGUUCAAAAUCACUAUGAAUUUAUGGGAUAAUUGUGGCUUUAUGUAAGUAAUUAGUAAAAACCCCACUUUAUAUUUAAUUACUUCAGUGACGUUUUUUACCAUGUUAUAUGAAUAUGUGGAUAUACAAUAUAAGGAGAACUAUACCUGAAUACGAAAACUGCUUUUUGACUGACACAUCGGACGUUCUCAUUCAUUCGAAAACUUAUGCCCAACACUUGUUCAGCCUGCCCGAAGAAAUUUACUCUUCCAGAAGCUGGUUCUGGCAUUUGCCAGUCGUGUAAUGAAUUAUAUUGUUCAGACUGUUCUUCAACUGGUCCAGAUCAUACAAUUUUAUGCAACCGGUGCAGAGUUUUACAGUCAAAUCAAGCUAACUGGGAUUCAGUGAUGGGUCUGAAUAUCCGUGAUUUAAAAUGGUUUAUGCGACGUCGUAAUAUACCUUCCGUUGGUCUGAUUGAGAAAGAGCAAUUUGUGGAUGCAGUGCUGAGCAGUCUAGGCAUUACCACUCGAAGUACAAAUGCUGAUGACCAUGUGUUUCCAGACUCAACAAAACGUAACGUUAAACUUGAAGACUUAAUGUCAGAAGAAUCCAUUGAAAGUCUCUCUGUUCGUCAGAUCAAAGAUCUUUUAGUCUAUAAUUUUGUUGACUUCACUCAUUGUGUGGAAAAAGCUGAACUUAUUGCCAGAGCGAAACAGUUAUGGCGCAAUCACAAACAGCAACAACCACUCAUACUUGAAACUCAAGAAGCAGUAGAGUUUGAAGAUUGUCAGAAUGCUGGAACAUCGAGUGAGAAAUGUCCAGUUGAUUUGAAUGAUGAAUGCGGGAAUGUGGUCAUUUAUUUUCUUGUGUUGAUUGCGGAAGAAAGCUGACUGAAUGCCCACUAUGUAGACAAAGCAUUGUCCGCGUUGUACGUACAUUCCGUGUCUAGCAUUUUCAAAUAAACCAUUCUGUGAUAUACUUGAGUAUCGAUGUAUAACUUUUAGCAUGAACUUUAUUGCACUUGUUUUUUAGAAUUCAGUUAUAGAACACUCAUAUUCCACUUUGUGUACACUAAAUUGGAGCUAGAAAAACUAGGGCUACUUGGUUCAAUGGUUAAUUUUCUUUUUCAAAGUUGAAUUACACCUCAUCGGGGUUUCCACAUUCA